AUGCUACAUUUCAGCCAUGAUCUGACAUCUACCAAUGAUAGGUUACAUAAAAUAAGGAACGUCGUUGAUAUGCUUCGAAAAGCAUUUAGUCAAUCAUUUUAUCCUUAUCAACAGUUAUGCAUUGAUGAAAGUUUGCUUUUAUACAAAGGGCGGCUAUCGUUCAAACAAUAUAUACCUUCGAAAAGAAGUAGAUUUGGGAUCAAAUCAUUUAUUCUUAGUGAUUGCCGAACAGGAUAUAUACAGGACAUUAUUGUUUAUGCCGGGUCAUCGACUAUGAUCAAUAGCGAAAAUAAGGCAAUUGGAAAAUCGGGAGCAAUAGUAGAAUUACUUAUGAAGCCCUACCUAGGAAAAGGCCAUACCCUUUUUGUAGACAACUGGUAUUCAAGUCGGUAUUUAAGCACUGUGAAUUCAACACGAAAAUCUCUAAAAUGGUACCGCAAAUUUUUUUUUCAUUUGCUAGAUGUAUGCGUGUGGAAUGCGUAUUGUUUGUAUAAACAUAAAAUGCAGAAACCCAUAUCAAUGGCCAAGUUUCACUUGGAAUUAAUCCGAGAAAUAUUGGAAAAAUAUAAGAAUGCUAAUUAUCAUCAUCGAACAGGCCAUAAUGAUCCAUUACGACUGAUAGAACGACAUUUUCCUUCACUCUAUAUACGAAAGUAGGAAAAAACCGAAAGAAGAUGCGUCGUUUGCAAGGCAAACGACAAAAGACGCGAGUCUAGAUACGAAUGUAAAAAUUGUAAUGUAGGUCUUUGCGUCGAUCCUUGUUUUAGAAUUUACCAUUUUGAAUUAAAUUACUAG